AUAAAAUUUAUGCACAUGUACAUAUGUUACAAAUUUUACAGACCAUUUUCAAACUAAAAUCACAAAGGUUACAUUUUUAAUCAUGUGGAAUGAAGCAGUAAUUUUUCGAUUAGCGCUUCCAUACUGCCUUUUAAUAUCACUGAUUGUAAUGUGUUCAGCGGGUGCAGGAAUCGGUGGUGAAUUUCAAGUUAUGUCUAUGGUUAAGUUUGACAGUAAUGGUGAUCAAUUUGGUUGUCGUACAUUUGCAAUUUCUCUGGAAGCUAAGUCGCUGUACACGUGGAGCACCGCUCGUCACGUUGUUUUUACUCGAUUACUCGAUAUUUCUUUAAAUGAUUUCAACAAAAUCCGUCAAAAAUCCGGUGGACUAAUUAUUAUGUUGCCUUCUAACGUAUCAAUAUUAAAUAAUGAAAUAAAGGAACAUAUUACCAUUUUGGAGCAGGCAAUGCUUUUCCAAUCCGUACCAAUUCCUGUUUACUUUGCGCCAUUUAAUACAAAUUUAGAAAGAAUUCUGAAUGAGAUAAGUUAUACAACUAGGAAAAACAUAAACCAAAACGAAACCGCGUUUGUGCAAUUAAUUACAUCAAUCUCUGCAAAUGGAUACCACGUAACAGUGAGUGGCGCAUCCAGUUCCGCAAACAAAAACAGCAAAAUACCGGUUAUCUACGGCGAAUUGAUACCAAAUCAUUUUGUUGGGAACUAUGUUGAUAACAUUCUUGAUGAAAAUAAUUUACCAGUUAUAUUGAUAACAGCUAGCUUGAAGACAUUCGGAAUUUUCAAUGAUUACCCGUUGAAUGCCGAUGCAGCUGUGCUUAUGAUACUAAUGGAGAUAUUUAGUAAAUUACAUUCUGUUACUAGGAUGACACCGAAAUACAGCAUCGCGUUUCUUCUGUCUGAUUCAGGAUUGCUGCUAAACUUCCAGGGGGCAAAAAAAUGGCUAGAAAUAGAGGAAAGUUUGACACUACAGGGUGUAGAAUACGUGAUGUGUUUGGAUACGAUCAUUCAAAGCUUAACACACAAUGAAAAAGAUGUACUUUUUAUGCAUGUUUCUAAACCCCCAAAAGAAAAGUCAUCGAUAAGUCAAUAUUUCAAACUUUUAAAAAUGGCCGCAGAUCAACAUGGAAAAAAUUUAACAGUCGAAGGCGUGCAUAAAAAAAUUAAUUUGGCUGAAUCAAAACUAGCAUGGGAGCACGAACGGUUUAGCAUAAAACGUUAUCCCGCCUUCACGUUGUCAUCUGUAAAAGCACCAAAAAGCCCCAUCCGAACUUCUAUAUUUAAGGACGAUAAAUCACGUAUUGUUACCGAAAUAAUGGUAGCUUCCAAAAUAAUUUCAGAGGCCUUAGCUGCUUAUAUAUACAAAUUGGAUCAGUUACCUAAUAUUUUUAACGGUUACUUAGAAAUAAAUGAUCAAAUUGUUAUGUCUUACCUUGAAGUUAAGUCAAUAUUGGAAAAUAACGAUAUUAAGGAUGGUUUUAACAAAUAUCUGAAAAAUGUGAAGAUUAUAUAUGAUAAAGCUGAUGUCCGGGAACCAGACUUCCUGUUUUAUUAUGGAAACGAUGUAAACAUGAACGUGUAUCGCGUUAAACCGGCAGUUUUUGAUCUUUUCCUUACUAUUGUCAUAGGGUUAUAUUUAGUAUCCGUAUAUCUGGCUAUACAAAACUUCCCUCGAUUUUACUUAGAAGUAUCUAAACUUUCAAAAAAUUCACACUCCUUAGGCGCAGUUAAUGGAAAUUUAUAUAAUAACAAGUGGAAAUUAAAUUAAUAAAUAAACUAUAAAACUGGGAGUAAAACAACAGGGUCCAACAAAAUUGUAGCAAUAUUUUAUAUUUUUAAUAAAUUAAUUUUUAUGGACCAAAUAAAAAAAAAA